AUGACCUCGUACGGAGACGAGCCGAAUACUGGUGUACAAGCAUCGAUAUUGAUAGCAGGAUCUUCCUCUUCUCAGCCAGGAGCAUGCCCAACAAAUGAAACGUACAAUCAGUGUGGUAAUCGAUGUGAAGCGACUUGUGCAGAGAUCAGUGGCGAGCCAAGAUUAUGUCCAACUAUUUGCGAUCCACCAGCUUGCGCAUGUGCUCCAGGAUUCUACCGACUCAACGGGCGGUGUGUCACCAGGCAGCAAUGUCCAGGAGAUCCAAUGACCGGUUACGGAGAUGAGCCAGCUCUUCCUGAGCCUCUUGGUCCACCAUUGGAUCCUUGUUUCUCAUUCCCGUGCCGAAUUGGAGAAACGUGUAUGCAAGAUGAGAAUGGUCCACGAUGUGUACCACCAGCACUGCAAUGCAGCGUCAAUGAGACCGUCAGCAAUUGUGGUGCUCUUUGUGAAGGAAAAUGUGCCACUGUAGAUGAGCAGAAUAGACCUUGCCCCGAUAUAUGCCUGCCGCCUGCAUGCGCUUGCUCCUUGGGAUAUUUUAGGAACGAAGCUGGAGAAUGUGUCUCGGCCGGAGACUGCCCGUCAAGAUGUUCUGAAAAUGAGCAGAUUAACACUUGUGGAAGAAGCUGUGAACCUACUUGUGAGAACGCCUUUGGCAAGAUCAAAGUCUGCAAUCUCAUCUGCAACCCACCGGCUUGUGUUUGCAAACCGAAUUUCUACAGACAUAAUGGAGCAUGCAUACCGCAAAUGCAAUGCACUCCACCGAGGGAUGGAGUGGGAUCUAUUGCCUUGGACGUUAUCGCUUCCACGCCUACUACUUCAGCAAGCAGUGCAAGCAAUUACGUUGAUGAACCAGUUACACCAAGAUCUGGAAACGGAAGAAGUUAUGUGGAUGAGCCCGUAAUUCCAAGACAAGGAAGUGGCCAGAGUGGAGGCAGUAAUGUCGCGUCAGAACUAGAAUGUGGAGCUAAUGAAGAAGUUGGACAAUGCGGUAAUUUGUGCGAGCCAGGAUGUGAGAACGCUUUCGGAGAGCCAAAAGUGUGCAUAGAAAUUUGCAACCCCCCUGCAUGUGUAUGCAGAUCAAACUUCUAUAGAAAAGAUGGCAGAUGCGUUCCUAAAUCUGAAUGUCCUGCUCCUGCCAGUGGAGCGAAUGGUAACAACAGAUAUGGUGAUGAAUCUGUCACGCCUGCGUCAGGAUCAGCGGCAGUUUUAAGUACAAAUCAGGGUGGCCCGAUUAGCAAUCCGCGAUUAUCAUGUAGUGUCAACGAAACAAUCAGUCAGUGUGGAAAUCUUUGCGAAGGAAAGUGUGAGAAUCUUGAGAAGGGCCCAAUAGCCUGUCCUGCUAUUUGUGAACCUCCAGCUUGUGCGUGCAAGGAUGGCUACUAUCGUAUUCGCGGGGACAGAUGUGUACUCGGAACGGAUUGUGAACUUAAUUGCAAGACCAAUGAAGUAGUGAAUUCAUGUGGUAGUGCAUGUGAGCCGACCUGCGAGAAUGCAUUCGGAAGGCCAAAGACCUGCGAUCGAGUAUGUCGUCCCGCAGCAUGUGUAUGCAGGCCGAAUUACUAUCGUAAUAAUGGCGUAUGUGUUCCUCAGUCCGGAUGUGGCGUACCUGGCGCAGCAGCUAGCACAAAUCCCAUCCAGAUCACUGCUGGAAGUACCGGAGGUACUAGAAGCAGUGGCGGAAGUGCCGGUAGUACCUCAGUGUCUACUGCUAGUCAAAGCGGAAGCGGAAGGCCGUUAGUCUGCGGGCGAAACGAAGUUGUUGGAUCAUGUGGAAAUCUUUGCGAGCCGACUUGUGAGAAUGCUUUUGGAAGGCCGAAAAUCUGCAGCCGAGUUUGCAAUCCACCUGCAUGCGUGUGCAGACCGAACUACUACCGCAAUAACGGAACAUGUAUUCCACAAGCCAGCUGUGUUGAUCAAGUGGGUCUUUGUGAAGCAAUGACUUGUGAAGAAGGAACGGUUUGCGCUGAAGCCGAGAGCGAACAGAGUGCACGAUGCCAGGCCGAAGACCCAGAGAAUAAUUGCGAGACGACAGAUUGCCCACCUGAUGCUGUAUGCGAGUAUCGCGAGACGGAGUGCAUUCCGGACAAAGCCUGCUUUGCGGAGCCAGUAUGUGUCGUGUACGAAAGGAUCGCUCCGGCUGAUGCGGUAGUCUCCGUGACCUGUGAAGACGUCGAAUGUGCUCCGAACUUCGUUUGUGUCAUAAGACCGGUCAGCUGUACAGGCACCACGUGCCCUUCAACUAGCACAGCUCCUUUCUGUGUGCCUGGAGAUUCAAAUGCUUGUUCGCGAUUGAAUUGUCCUGCCAGUCAGAUAUGCGAAUAUCAGGAACGUCCUUGUAAUCAAGCUCAGUGUUUUCCGGUAGCGACUUGCGUAUCACGAACGUGUCCCCCGAAGGUCACCUACCCAACACCACCACCGUAUUACCCUACUCCCGGUUACAUCGGGCAGGGCUACGUUGCUCCUCCUAGUAACUCUUACUAUGUGCCAGGAGGACCGCAAGGACCAACUUAUUCAUCACUGUUGAGUAACACUUACAGUGCAGGAUCCGACAGCUAUGUGACUGCACCUCCUGAGCAAUACUCAGUAGUGCAGAGAUCACAGUUUCGUGGUCCUCCGAUCACUCCACGUUUGCCUUUUGGUGUUCGUCCACCUGCACCUCCACCAAGAAGGACAGCGUUCAGGAACACACUUGUACCUCGCGCACGGUCCCCUCACUACAGACCAACUCAGUUCAGAAGGCUCCCAUACCAGCAGCAGUUCGCCGUCUUUGCUCGACCUGUGACAUUGCAAAGGCCGAGGACUUAUCUAUACAGGCAGCCUUACGGUACUCCGACAGCUCCAGCUUUCCCUGGCUCAAACAGAUGCUACAUCACAAAACUUACGAAACAUGAUCAGUCGAGUGCUGAUGCAGAGAGGAUAGAGAUUUCGUUACACUCAUGA